AUGUCUUCUUUCUCAAUAGAAGAUUUUGUUGGGAAUGGAUGUCUGAAAGAAUUGUUGCCAAGGCUGCUAGAUGAAGGCUGGGACGAUGUACCUACUUUGAAGGUAAUGAAUUCUGAAGACAUGGAUGAUAUCGGACUGACUCGACAGCAGAAGGAUGCAAUUGAAAUUAGGUCAUACCUGCAUGACCGGACGCUGAUGCAGUACGGGGAUCAGUUAGAGGCCACUAGGAAGAGUUUGCCUGAGCUUCUUGGCUUGAGUAAUGAAGAUCUUGCAUCUCAAUUUGGAAUGAAACGAGGCCAUAUUGCUCGUUUCAUGAACAGAAGCACUGCGUGCUCACCGGAUCCAUUGCCAGCAUCGUAUACCAUCCCAGCAAGGAGGCGAAACAGCUUGCCAUCCAGAAAUAGUAGCAUACAUAAGAGUCAGCUCACACCUGCGAACUCCAAUAAACUUGUUACGCUGAGAUCGUCUGGCAGAAGCAGUUCUGGUUCUGAUUUUACCGUGGAACAGUCCAUGGCAAGCUUUAAAAUCAAGGAUGGAUAUGUCUUCAAGGGGAUUGUUGCAGCAAUGCCGGCAGAGCCUAGGGCGUGUGGCUGUGUGGAACCUCCCCCAGUAGUCGAGAAUGUAGCUCCUUACUCCACGAUAGAGAAUAUCUCUGUCCAGAAACUAACUCCAGAAUACAAGAUUGGAAUGGAGCGGUUGAUCAAGUCAAAGACACCACCAAUGAAGGCAUCAGAGCUGUGGCGAGAGAAACCGGCUCUAUUUGUCUGCAUUCGUAGGCCUGGGUACGAUUUCAUUCAAAUAAGCGCUAAAGUUCAAGUCAUAAACUAUAAUUAA